AUGAGGAGUGGAUCGUCAAGAGCUCUGGCUGAGGAUCUGUCUCCUUGCUUUCAAGGGAGCUCACUCUGGGCAAAUGACUUUCUCCCUCAAGGACUUGGUCGACCUUUCUCGGGCACUAUCGUAAGUGCUCUUGCUUUGCCAGUUGUUUCAAUCCUUGCUCUAACCCGAACCAUUGCUUUAUGGCUUACGCUUGUUACCACUUCUGAGCUUCUGAUCCGAUUCCAGCCUUUGUUGACGACCGAUGGGAAACUGAAAGCGGAUGGGCUGCAAAGCCAAGAUCCUAAAGCUAAAGGACAGGAUUCACAAUCCUCGAUAGCUACUCUCAAAGAGCUUGACUCCUUUCCCGACUUGACUGCUUACUUUACUUAUGAAUUGCCAAAACAAAGAGCUCCUAACCUGGAAUUGAAAGUUAUCCCCUUUUCUCUUACCUGGUACUUUCCUUUAUUUCAAGUGCUCAAGCUCUGGUACUUUUGCUCAAGCCAUACCAGCUUACCACCAGGAAGAGCUGUUCACGUUCCUAGAUCCAACUCGGGCAUUCCAACUCCAACUACGGAUUUGAAAUCUACUCUAUUCUAUGCGAUUUCAGAAGAUAUUCAAUUUCUGAAGGAACUUGAGAGGUCCCCAGGCUCGAUUCCUUGUUUGUUCGAGAUGGGGUACUUCGCAGCAAGGGGAUCGGGAAAGUGCGGGGAAGAGCGUGGUAGGAGCGAGUCGUCUGGAUCUUUGGAAUUCCCCUGUUGUGGAUUCGUUUUGGGAAGUAGACCAUUCUUCGAGUUGUUCUGUCGGGUUUUGCUUGGCAGCCAGUCCUCCUUCUUAGCGGGUUGGGAAAGACGGCAUAGUAGUGGAGUAUCUACCUCGGGUCAUCCCAGCAAGGAAUCGGGUAUUUCCCAGCCAAGCAUGCAAAGCGAUGGGAGAAAUAAAUUGCGUAAGAAAUGUACAGAUAAGGCACCUUGA